UACAGCGAUCAAUAGUUAACUACAAAGCUAAUCAAAUAAUUUCCACCAUUCAACAUAAAUGAUUGCUUUCCAUCAUAAUAUAUGUCCAUUGUUAAGUGAGGAAAAUCGAAAGUUAUUUGGCCAGAAUGAAAAAAGGUUUAAAUCCAUUGGAUACGCUGGAUUACCGAUCGAUGAUUCAUACAUAUUGAAUAUGAUUAGGCAAUCUGACCAUGUCGAUUGUUAGGCAAUAUAACAUUUCAUUUUGAAAAAGCCGCCGAACUCUCAUCAACUAUCGAUAGUAUCGAUACUAUAAUUCUGAAAAUAUGUUCCAAGCUCAAAACAAAAAAUUUUGGACACACAUUAUCCUAAACAUCAUUAGGUAAAUUAAUUCUGUUUUUGACAACCAUGGGUCUUGGUCAUUCAAAAGAUUUUGAUACAUCAAUAUUGGGAUCAUUUUGGGAUGUUAUCAUACUUGGAAAUCAACCGAUUGAAACUUUUUUAGCAAUGUGGUACUACAUUUUUCUCUGGUCACUAGUUUCUUCAGUCAUAAUCCAUUUAAUCGCAUCGGCCAUAGCAUUUGCAUCAUUAAGAAGACAUAAGAUUGCACGUUAUAGUCCUAUAGUAAUUUUACUUUCAUCAAUCAUCACACCUUUAUUUUCAUAUUCAAUCACAUCCGCUGUGAUAGCAAGCGUUUAUCGUACAGCAAGUUUUGUUAUGUAUCCAAUAUAUGCGAUGUUUUGGGGAUGUGGAUUGACAAUGUCAACAACAUUGUUCUCAUUUAGUCGUGUAUUGGCAACAUUAUAAACGAUUAUUAUUAUUACGACUAUCAACAGCAAAAAUUUCCAAAAAAAAAAUGCUGCCUUAUUAUUAUUCAUUG